AUGACUCUAUUUUCUGAGUUUCUGAUUAUAGGAUAUUAGCCAGAAGAAUAUAAAGAGACGGAAAUCAUUGAAUACUUCCACAUAAACGGAUCAAGUCUCCCAGAUUAUCUUAGAAAUGUAGGCAUUAUGUGCUUUACAAGUGGCUUUGAUGUUAAGUAAGAACAAGAAUAGCAAAAGAAAUCCGAUGACAUAAACAGCAAGAAUUAUUUGCAUCAGUUUGUGAUUACAGAUCAGAGUGGGUAAUUACGAUAUUGCACUUCUCUCGUCGUAUUCGAGAGUUUCAAAAAUGACUUUUACACUCCAUUUGCUUACGUGAUUGUUUCUGAGCAAUCCAACUUGGUUAGAUAAAAAUGUUAUAUGAGAGCAUUGUACAAUGGCAUUUUUGACAGAGUGACAAGAUAUAGAGAUCGUGGAUGGUAAAUGGGAUCAUAGAAAUUAUCUAAUCAAUAAUUAUUUGAAUUCUAUUUGUCUGUCGGAAUCACUAAUUUGGAUGGAUUAUAUUUUGUACCUAAACAAAUCAUGAAGACAAGACAAGAAGUGAUAACAGAUCUAAUUAUUAACAAUCCUAACCAUAAAAACAAUCUGUACAAUAAAGACAUCAGUUUCAAUGUUCUAUUUUCCAAAUUAUCAAUCAAAAGUAUAAUCAAAGUAGUGCAAUCAAUAAUCCUUGAAAAACAGAUCAUUUUAUUCACUACUUAGGUUUGGGACUUAGCCACUAUCACUGAAGCAUUCCUUCAAUUUAUUUACCCUCUCUAAUGGAGAUGCAUUUAUAUACCCUAUCUACCCGCAGAAAUACUUGACACUCUUCACGUUUCUGUCCCUUACAUCAUUGGAGUGCAUUGUAAUCUCAAGGAACGAGUAUUAACACAAUACGACUGCCUAGAUAAGAUUCUCGUUGACUUAGAUCAAGACAGGGUCAUUGGCUGUAAUUUAAUCUUGCCCUUCCCAGAACAACUUGUAGAAACCCUUGUGAAUUAGAGUUCCAAAUUUUCUUAUUAAGAUGAUUCUGAAUUGCUAUAGGUUUAAUGCUGCUUCCUUAAAUUCCAAUUGUAACUCAUCAACAACAUAGUCCCUUACUUUAUUUACUCGGACAUCCUACAAAUAAAACCAAAAAUAGAGGACAUAUUUGAUAAGGAUCUUUACAUUGAAUAAUUUACACCUUUAGAUUAAGAAUUCUACCGGGAAUUCGUGAACAAAACUAUGAUGUUCCAACGCUUUAUUGAAGAAUCCUAUUAAUACUUACAUCAAAAGCAGUUCUUGAAAUAAAACAUCAAAGCAAAUAUUUUCAUUGAUUUACUACUAUUGAUCAACACUUCAGGGUAUUUCAACAUUUACAAAUUGCAAAACAAAGACUUUGAAGCCAAAUUAUUCAGUCUAAUGAAUGAAUCCAAAUCCUUGAUUCCAGAAUCAGAGAAAUCAAUUCAUUCACUCUUUACCUAAUAUCAAAAACAAAUCAGCGACUAUCUAAUUCCUUAAAAGAAAUUUCCUGUCCUUUAAAUCGACAAAUCAAAAAUCAUACAAAUAGAUGCCAUUCAAAAUAGUAUUCACCAAAGCUCACUCAUGUAAAGAAGUACCCAAUCAUAAAAAACCGAUAUCAGCAAUGAAAAUAAAUAGGUCAUCAAUAUACUAACAAUCAAAGUCCACAAAAUUAAUCCUAUUACUAAAUCUCUCAUACAAAAUGAUGUAACUUCUUAAAUUAUUUUGAAAUAUCCUAAAAAAUCUUUGUCAAAACUUAAAAAAACUCUAGCUGACCAAUUACUUAAAUUGGCCCCUGAAGUCAACGUCGAAUACAAGCCAAUUCAAACAUCUUAAAUGCUGAGUGUGAGACAGAGCAAACGAAUAUUUAAUACUGAAGAAAUGGGUUACGUAAGCAUGUAUAGGACUAAAACCUACAAUAUGUACUGA